AAACCGUUUUAACACGGCUAGGAAAGACGAGGAUCAAAUCUGGUCCGAGUCCGACUAAAUUGCAGUUUGCAGUUUGCAAAGCCGGCACAGGUCGAACAUGAAACACGAACACAAAACCCAUCCCUAAUAACUGACCCUUACCAGCCUAAGCAACUUUCGAAGUCCUCGCAAAAUCAAAUGACCCCUCUCAUUCUCUCUCUCUCUUCUCCUCCUUCACUUUCUCUCUCCUCUCCUUUCCUUCCUAAGCUCAAUUACCUCCAUAACCAUGGCGGGCAAUUACGGUAUCAGAAGUUGAACUCAAAGAACAAGAAGUUGCACUUGAGAAGAACUGGAAUUUGCAAGGCUGAGUUGCAGCAAGAUGCGCCUUUUGCUAUUGCUAUCGGCGCGUGUAUGUUAAAUUCAUUGCUGUUUACUGGUAUAGGUGAAUCUCUAUCAGAGGAUGAUGAAGAUGGCGUAAUUGGUGCAACUGAUGCUAGGUUUUCUGUCAUGACUAUUAUUAGCUUAAUCCCUUACUUUAAUUGGUUGAGCUGGAUUUUCGCUCUAAUGGAUACUGGCAAACGACGGUAUGCUGUGUAUGCAAUUGUAUAUUUGGCCCCUUACCUCAGGACAAAUCUGUCACUGUCUCUAGAAGAGAGUUGGCUGCCAAUUGCCAGCAUUGUUCUAUGCAUUGUUCAUAUACAGCUAGAAGCAAGUAUAAACAGCGGUGACUUUGAUACUUUCAAUUUCUUGACUGAGACUGCAAGGAAUCUUGGUUUGUUUAAGAAUCGUAGUCGCACUGAGCAUCUUACAGAUAUGCAUAAGGAGAUAAGAAGCCACGGAAAAGUGAAUUUACCUUUAGGGAAACAGUCGCAGAAUAAGAUUAGAAAUUGGGGAGUUCCCAAAAAGCCACCUCGAGAUGUUGAACAUGUGGAUGAAGAUGAUGAUCAUGAUGACAGAACACAACGCUAAAGAAGAUUAAUAAUGAGCAAAUGGCGUUGUGGCUUUUUUCACAAAGAUAUAUUAGUGGUGGCUUGGAAAUCGGGCGGUGGGCUGGUGAUCAAGCCAUGUACGUCUAAGCAUCCCUCAAGGUUUGCUACAAUGAAAGAAAGUAGAAUAGGAAUAUUAUACCUGGAUUUGGCUCAUGAAUCAUGAUUUACUUCUGUAAUCUGUCUGAUAGUUUUCUGCUGUCAUAUCAAUAAAGGAUGUUUUUCUUUUUAUGGUACUAAUGUACAGACGUCAAGUUAUGCUUGCCUUUCGUUCAUGAAGAGCGCUUUUGAUUGCUGGUUGGUUUUGAUUGCAA